ACGUGCCCUAAUUUGCAAUGGUUGCAGUGACUGGCUGGGACGCUCCUCUGUUUCUUACUCUGGGGGAGGUUGCUGAUGAGAAAACGCCCCGAGCGUUGUGUUAGCGCUAUAGAUACGGUUCUUAAUCUCCCCGAGUGCCUGCUCAGCAGUUCCAAUUUCAACAUGUCGGAACAGCCGGAGCUCAGCGGCCUCAGCGAUGAAGCAGCUUACACCGUCUGCUCCAACCCGGAUCCCAGUACCAAGGAUUUUCUGUUGCAGCAGACAAUGUUACGAAUAAAAGAUCCUAAGAAGUCACUGGAUUUUUAUACAAGAGUUCUUGGAAUGACAUUGCUCCAAAAAUGUGACUUUCCCGCUAUGAAAUUCUCACUUUAUUUCUUGGCUUAUGAAGAUAAAAAUGAUAUCCCAAAAGAUACAAAAGAAAGAACAGCUUGGACUUUCUCUAGAAAGGCUACACUUGAACUAACACAUAAUUGGGGCACUGAAAAUGAUGAGAAUCAGUCUUACCACAAUGGCAAUUCAGAUCCUCGGGGAUUUGGUCACAUUGGAAUUGCAGUCCCUGAUGUAGCUGCAGCUUGUAAGAGGUUUGAAGAGCUGGGAGUGAAAUUUGUGAAGAGACCAGAUGACGGUAAAAUGAAAGGACUUGCAUUUAUUCAGGAUCCUGAUGGCUACUGGAUUGAAAUUUUGAAUCCUAACCACAUGGUGACCCUCAUCUAGUUUUAAAGUAACAUACUAUACAGUAGGUACAAGUCUUUUCCAGGAGGCUGAAAACAUAUAACACACUCUACUAUUUAUGAGACAUAUACUUGAUUGAGAGGAAUUAACCUCACCCACAAAUAGUUAUUUACCAAUCCUGUUAGAACCUCAUCUUGCUUGGAUUCCCCUUUGUAUUCUUCUUUUGUUUACUUUUUUGUGAUGCCACUGCUUCCUGUUUCUAAUUAGGAGAGCAUAAUACCAUCUGUGUUCUGAAAAUGCACUCAUGCACAUUCACCAUUUAUGCAAAAAAUAGUAUAUUCGCCCCUUCGGGGCUGAUUUGAGUUAGUGAAAUUUUGGCUGCACAAUAUAGCUAUGUUUGAACCAGCCUGAGAAUUGGUAUAUUGGGGGUGGGAUAUGUGAGUAGGAAGAUUGCUGUAUCUUAUGUCGUGUAUGUCUAGCACCAGCGACAGGUUUUUUGUUUGUUAAACUUGGGGAGGGGAUAAAACACUUUAAACUAGACUUUUGGGCUACAUCUUGCUUACACUGAAGUCAAUGGCAAAAUUCCUUUGGACUUCAAUGGAAGCAGGAUUGGGACCUUUGUGUGUACAGUUAUGUCAGUAGACAUUCAGGAGCAACUUGUAGGUAUUCAAGCUGCUUGAGACUAGAAACUUAAUGGCAGUGGCACAUCGAGUCCAACAGAGAGAGAGAGUUCAGUCUGCGUUGCAUUUGAGCAGCUAUGACUGUUGACUGCAAGUAAGCAGACGAGGUCAGCAGACUUGCCACUUGCUCUCAAGAGUGGGCAUCUAAGAGGACAGAAUCUGAACAUCUAUUCUGAAAAUCAAGGGCUAUACAGCAAUUAGCUUACAACUAAGAAGUAGCUGAAAAUGCCAUGAUUCCUUAUUCAGUGGCUGAGAGCUGGCAGACAUACUUAUCCCUUAUCUGUGAUUGCGUGUGAUGCCUGGGCUUCUGCUAGCUAUAGUGCAUUUAAACUAUAUCUUUUAUAUCAAGCUACAAUUUGAUACAGGAGUCUGGUUAACUAAAAUCCUAGUAGUUUGUGAAACCAUGACUACCUGCUGUUAUGACAACUUUUUAUCUGCCUUUUUAAAAAUAUAAAAAGUAGUAGUUGCAGUUGCAGUGAAGUUGUACAUGUGAACCAGUUUCAUGUUAAAGUGUUUCAGUAGCACUGAAAUACUCACUUUACCGUCCCCCCGCCCCCACCAAAAAGCAAAACCCAUAACAAAACCAUCUUGAUAUUUAGUGCGUUUCUAGAAGCACUUUAUAAUUCCUGUUGGGACUGAACAGUGCUGAGUGAUGUGACUGUUAAAUUGGAUAGCCCUGUGGCAUCAAAUAAAAGUAUUUAUUUCCAAAUAAAGUGCCUGCAAAACUUUGAAAAUUCUUCUCUAAAGCUGUAUGACCUACAGUACUUCACUACCCACUAAGGCCUUGUCUACACUACAAAGUUAAGUAGACAAGUUAUGUCAAUGAUCAUCCACCGCUGUAAUUAAACCAC